AUGUGGGUAAAGUAGGUUUUCAAAGGUUCGACCACAAAAUGGAAAUUAAAAUAUAACCUUUUAUCGGUGUUUACUUAAAAAUUGUAAUCAACUCAUAAAAAUGAGUGGAUUCGGUUACCCGGGCUUUCAGUUAUCAAGUGGCAAACGUGCUAGUCACAAUGCGGUACCACCGCCGCCACCAACAACUGGUGUUAGUAAACAAGGUUAUUCAACUAUGAACGCAAUCAGUCAAAAUGCUCUUUCGGCGGCUUGGGGUGGAAGUCGUAAAAGGGCAGCCACUGAGGAUGAGUACUUUGACGACGAAGACGAUGAAAGCACACCAACUUUAGCGUAUAUUCCAGCACCGGGUAGUCCUACUCACGUGAUCGAGGAGAAAAAUGACGGCGCAGGCGAAGACGACGAGGAAGACCCACUCGAUGCGUACAUGGCAGGCAUAGAGAAGCAGAUGAAAGUACAGCCGAAGACUGAUGACACCAAGCCACAGACGGGUAUACGGGAUGAUUUAGAAGAAGAAGACGAUGAGGAGUCGUAUUAUCGAUACAUGGAGGAGAAUCCCACUGCAGGUUUAGCCCCAGUAGAAGAAGAUACACCGGAAGUUGAGUACGACGAAGAUGGAAAUCCAUUACCACCAGCACGCAAUCGCAUAAUAGAUCCCCUACCCCCAAUUGAUCAUUCUACAAUUGAAUACAAACCAUUUAAAAAAGAUUUUUAUACAGUUCAUUCUGAAAUACAAGCUCUCACAUCGCAACAGGUAACUGAGCUUCGUGGGACGUUGGGGUUAACUGUAACAGGAACUUCUGCUCCUCGACCGGUGUCUUCCUUUGGUCAUUUGGGAUUCGAAGACAAAUUAAUUAAAGCAAUUAUAAAGGCGGAGUAUACAACCCCAACACCAAUUCAAGCGCAAGCAGUCCCAUGUGCUUUGUCGGGUCGUGAUGUGUUAGGAAUUGCACAGACAGGUAGUGGUAAAACUGCUGCCUUUCUGUGGCCGAUGCUGGUGCAUAUUAAUGAGCAACCGCCAGUACAAGAAGGUGAGGGCCCCAUCGCUUUAAUAUUGGCACCUACCCGCGAGCUGGCCAUUCAAAUCUACAAUGAGGCCCGCCGGUUUGCACGGAUAUACGAUAUUCGUGUUAUCUGCGCUUACGGCGGCGGAUCUAAAUGGGAACAGAGCCAUGCUUUAAAAGAGGGAGCGGAAAUUGUUGUUGCGACCCCCGGUCGCAUCAUCGAUCAUAUAAAAGGGGGCGCGACAAAUUUGCAACGGGUAACAUUCUUAGUGUUGGAUGAGGCGGAUCGCAUGUUCGAGUUGGGUUUCGAGCCACAAGUACGCUCCGUUUGCAAUCACGUAAGGCCCGACAGGCAGACUUUGCUGUUUAGUGCAACUUUCCGGAAACGAAUCGAGAAGUUGGCGCGCGACGCCUUGAAAGACCCGGUUAGGAUAUCCCAAGGUUUAACCGGUCAAGCAUCCGAAGAUGUAACGCAACACGUCCUGUUGCUUGCAAAUCCACAGGCAAAACGAAACUGGUUAUUUAAUCAUUUGGUGGAGUUACUAUCGGCCGGAUCUGUGCUAUUGUUCGUCACCAAGAAAUUGGAUGCUGAACAGGUUGCCAAUGAUCUGAAGGUGAAGGAAUUUGAUUGCUUAUUGCUGCACGGUGAUAUGGAUCAAGCUGAUCGAAAUCGUGUCAUUAUGACCUUUAAGAAAAAUGAAUGCCCCUUACUUGUUGCAACAGACGUCGCCGCGCGAGGUUUAGACAUACCUCAUGUUCGAACUGUAAUAAACUUCGACAUCGCCCGUGACAUCGACACUCACACUCACAGAGUCGGGCGUACAGGGCGUGCGGGGACCCAAGGUACGGCGUACACCCUUCUAACCGACAAAGACAAGGAGUUUGCGGGUCACAUCGUGAGAAAUCUUGAGGCAGCUCAUCAAGAGGUUCCACAAGAAGUGCUCGACUUAGCUCUACAGAGCUGUUGGUUUCGAAAGGCGCGAUUUAAACUUAAGGAUCAAAACCCGAACGUCGGAGGUUUGGGAUUGGGCUAUAAAGAAAAGGUGGGUCGUCCUCAGGCGUCCACUCCUAGCACUCAACUAAUACAGCCUCCGAAAGCUGGGCCUGCAACUGACAGACUGUCGGCUAUGAAAGCGGCAUUUAAAGCGCAAUAUAGUAGUCAAUUCACUGCAAGUUCCGAACAUCCUCCGCCAAAUCAACCCUCAUCACGUAAGAAAACUAGGUGGGAAUAAUUACUAAUAAAUAGUAUUUCGUGUUUAAUUUAAUAGAAUUCCAAUUUAUUCCAAUAAACGAUGAAUAAUUAUACCUCCUA